AUGAGAACUGGAGCUGAACAUACACCUAAGAACCCAAGCAUGGUGGAGUCUAGCUCAUCAAGAAAAGACAUUGCAGCCUCUCAUGGAAGGACUGGGGAGAAGAGUACCAAUCUGAGUCAACAUAUUAAUCAACCAAUAAUGGUGGUGGAACAAGAACCAGUGUGGCCUGAGGAGAUGUGUACCGAGCUGCCUAACCAGAGUCUAAUGAUGGUGCCUAUGGGAGUGGAGAGUAAGCUAGAAGUGAGCACAUCCUCCAAACAGAAGACUUGGAAGAGAUCUGGCAAUAAAGUAGGCAGAUUACAGAGGAACCAAAGGGAGAGUAAAGGGAUCCAAUUGCAAGGAAUGAAAAGGGGAAGGCAGGGAGGCACAACCCUAAUAACUGUGGAGGAGGAGAACUUGGCAUUAGAGGCAGGGGAAUCCACUUAA